UGGGUGAAAAUCGUCGGUUCCGGGAUAUGAUCUGUCAUGACAAAAAAAAUUCGUUUUCUCUUUUCCUCAUCCGAUCCCGCCAAUGAUCAAGAUUAUCAUAUUCAGCCAUGUCCCAUUUCUUUUUUUUUUCUUUCACAAUUUCUUUUCUUUUUUCUAUGAACUUUAUUUUUCACCCUUCAUUCCUUACCUCUUUCUGUUUUAUUGUCCAUUCAAACCCCGAGGUUUCUGACAGGCUCCUUGCUGAAGCCCCGGCUGAUUUAGUGGGGUUAUAUCCCCGCCCAGUCAUGCAUGGGCAUUGUAUCCGAGACACUGAAACUCGUACUUGAACGUUAGCGAGCAUCUAUUUCACCAUGGGCG